CACACAGCUGAUACGCCACCUACUGCAAACCCAAGCUGGCAGUCAGAGCAAUGCUAGCAGCAUUUCCAUUCCAACAUCGUUCCGGAGCUGAAUAAAGGUGCUUUUUAAAAAGAAACAUCCUCUUUACAAGCUGACAAGAACAAAGCAGGAUAGCUGGCUUUUUGUCUCAGCUUCAAUAAUGGAGAAAAAAGCAAGCAGAAGGGAAAAUGAAUGCGAAGAAAAAAACAGCAACUCUGAAGGCUCUGAGCAAGACAAGGAAUACAAAACGUCUCUGAUUACUCUGAAUGUUGGUGGUUAUCUAUAUAUCACACAAAAACAGACACUAACCAAGUAUCCUGAUUCGUUUCUGGAAGGGAUCAUAAACGGAAGAAUAAUGUGUCCAUUUGAUGCAGACGGUCAUUACUUCAUAGACAGAGAUGGACUCCUUUUCAGACACAUACUCAACUUCCUACGAAAUGGAGAACUUCUUCUACCAGAAGGGUUUCGAGAAAAUCAACUUUUGGCACAAGAAGCUGAAUUUUUCCAGCUUAAGGUACUCUCGGAUGCAGUGAAAUCAAGGUGGGAGAAGGAACAGCUAGCAUCUCGAGAGACUACUUUCCUGGAAAUAACUGACAGCCACGACCGUUCACAGGGACUCAGAAUCUUUUGUAAUGCUCCUGAUUUCAUUGCAAAAAUAAAAUCCAGAAUUGUACUGGUGUCUAAAAGUAGGUUGGAUGGAUUUCCGGAAGAGUUUUCAGUAUCUUCAAAUAUUAUUCAAUUCAAGUACUUCAUAAAGUCUGAAAAUGGUACACGACUGGUACUGAAGGAGGAUAACACCUUUGUCUGCACCUUGGAAACUCUUAAGUUUGAGGCUAUAAUGACGGCUUUAAAAUGUGGAUUUAGACUGCUGACCAGUCUGGAUUGCUCAAAAGGGUCAAUUGUUCACAGUGAUGCACUGCAUUUUAUCAAGUAAUCACAAAGGCAAAGGACACAGGCAUGCAGCCAGUAAACCUCCUUCAGCUGCAGCCUCCUGGCAUCACAAAUAAUGUAUCUAACUAGCCUUGUACCACAGAGCUCAGCUGCUAAUCAACUGAUGUGAGCUAAUGGUAUGUAAAUCUCAUAAUGACAUCUAUCUCUGGCUUACUUAAGCUGAAUGAAAAUUUUAUGUUUGAAUUUAAUAAAAAUUACCUGUUAACAUUGUAAACACAGAUUGAAUGCUUUGUGCUCUUUGUAAUAUGUUUUCCCACUGCUGUCUUUCAAGCAGAGUCUAGCUGAAUUUUUAUGUACCUGUGUGACUAACAUGCAUACACCUAACUGCUCUGCUGAACAGCAGUGGCAGUAUUUUCACAUAAUAAAUAGGCUUAAAAUAUGUUUUGCUUAUAACAAAUUUAAAAUGGAUUUUAACUGGAAUAAAUGAUUUUGACUGUU